CUUGCUACUACAUUCUGACGAUCAACCUCUAUCUUCUGUAUCAUUGAGUUGAGCUCUAGCGAUACAUUGUGGUUCAAUUGUUAUCUAGGAGAUAGACGAAGCGACACUCCUGACGCAGCGGGCAACAUUCGAGCUUCGGAGCGACCGAUCGAAAGCUCUCGCUGUGUCUUGUAAACGAUAUUUGGCUCAGUAUUGAAGGGGAAGCUAAUGCGAUUGACCAAGAGUCCGCUCAGAUCGACACUUCCCGUCUUCUCCCGUCUACGCUCUUCCUCAGCGGGACCAAACUUGAUUAUCCUCCACCUGCAUCGCCAUCAUGUCCAACAACGCACCCUCUACCCCCGUCAAGGUGCCAUCCAGCGCCGCAAACCACACACAGGCGACUCUGGAUCCAGAUUUACGGUCCCAAAUCAACACAGUUCUUCUGCGUGACGGUCACGUCUCAAAAAUACAAGAUGCUCUUCUCCACGCGCUGAACUCUCAUUCUACGAACUGGCCCACGGUUAUCCAAUCGCAUGCGCUCGCUCUGCUGCGCUCUGGCGAAGUCACAACCUUUCCCGCCCUACUGAGUCGCGUGCUCGAAGAUGUCCGCCACGAUUCUGCCCUCAACCCCAUAUCAUCGAGCUCGAACGGAACGAGUGCCAAGCCCGCCACAAACGGCGAUGCCCCCAAGACCAACGGUGCGGCUGAUGCUAAACCUAGUCUUGCUGUGCCGGUGUCGGUAAUCGAGGAGGCUCUUCGCGUCACCAGGGAGAGCCUAGAAGCUGUUUGCGACAUCGAGGACGAAGGAACCGCUUAAGAUGCGGCUAUAGCUUGAAACCUUUAAAGAGAAAUUCUAAUGUCAGGAGGUGAUAGAAGACAUGGCAUCUCGUCGCAUCAGGAUAUAUGCCCGGCAUUCUGAAUCACGACAAAAUCGAAGAGAAAAUCCAAACAAUGCGAGAAGCCCAACAACGAAGGCUUCGAUAACUCGGGUGCUUACCACCCAUCAUACAUCAACAUGUCCUACAUGCGCAAACCCGGACAGCUCAGGAUACGCUCAAAAGAAUAGCUGAACGAGGGCCUUUCUUGAAUAGCAAACUCACUCAUAUUAUAUAUAAUCGGGCGUUGGAAGGGAGAUAGGUUCCCGAAAACAGGGAUACGAGACGAUAACUACGUAUGACACAAAUGAAUAGACAUUACCUUGAUGACAUUCUCUGACG